GGAGUUCCAACAAAACAAAAUCCAGCCAUCAGCUCCUUCAGUCCACAUGGAAGUCAGCCUGGCAUGCGCCAUGUUUAUUUAUUUUUUGUAACAGCACUGCUAAUGGAUUUUUUUCAUCGUUUUGCAGGACUGCAUGAUUUUAAGACCACACUAAAGGAAGAUAUCUUCAACAUGAAUGCAGGCACAGAAUCUUCACUGACAGAUCCAGAUGUGUGGCGGCAUUACGGCACUGGCGAUGCUCUAAGCAACGGCAACACAGCCACUUCCUCUUUGGCAGCUAAAGGAUACAGGAGUGUUAGGCCCAACCUGCAGGAAAAGAAAUCACCCACUCUGACUCACAGAAAGAGCUCUCAGCUGCACCCUGCUGACUAUAAUCCAGGACUUAUUAGCCUCGCUAAUUACCCCACACACUGCCAUCAUGACCCUCAGGUUAUAACACACAGCAUGUUCUCCAGGGGAAUGACGUCUGCACGCUCAGAGCAUAGCUCACAGAAACUCAUCCCCAGAUCCGGCUCUCGUCCCAGCAUCACUGAGUCUACCCAUCUUCUCAGAUAUAACAGUUUACCCAGCAUUACUGCCCUAGAGGAACCUAGCAUCCACUCAUGGUCCCUAAAUCACUCUAAAUCACCUGCCACAGCUAGUCAGCCUGAGAGACACAUAGCCUCCUUGUAUAUUUACGUUAAUCCACGCCAUCAGACAGAAGCCAGAUACACCCCGGCUCUGUCUGCUACCCUCCCCUCUCCACGCAGACGAUGGGACCCUCAGGAUACCAGAACAUUCUUUCACUCUUCACUGCCCCCUGCAGAUCAACAAGUGGCCUACCCAGACGACCUCCGUCCACGUUCUCUUUCCCUUAGGCAUAACUUGCCUAGCAAGGAUCCAAGUCGCUGCUCCUCCCGUGCUCAGAGCGAAUCUUCUACGGUCAUGCUGGAAGAGCUAAGAGCACUAGACCCAGAGGGUCGUUCUGAAACCCCCUCACCCACCUUCAACCACCUGAGCUCUGCCAUUAACAACACGGUGCUACACGUCCCUGCAGCUAAUACUGUUAAUGGGCAGAUGGCUGUAAACGGCAGCGUAGGUGUGGCCACAAGCCUAAAAAGUCACAACCAAAGACCCUUCUCUCCUUCUACGUAUCCUCGUCCUCCCUCUUUCAGCCCGAGUCUCACAGCCAUGCAGCAGGGCCGGAGCACUCCUGUUAAGUCCAGCGCUUCAGUCUACACCAGCUUGGGUUCGGUGGGCUCUGGUCAAGCUCCAGGGGAUGAAAAGAGAGGUACAGGGGCCAAAACUCCUCUUUACUCUGGCAUUGGCCCUGUGGAUGAGUCUGGAGUUCCCACUGCUAUGAAAACGACUGUGGACAGGCCAAAAGACUGGUACAAGACCAUGUUUAAGCAGAUUCAUGUGGUGCAGAAACCAGAAAAUGAAUACUCCAGUAAUACCACUCAACCUAGUACAAACCCUGAGAAGCUUAGUACAUCUAAUACAUCUCAGGCACAUCCUGCAUCUAAGAGCAGCACAUACAGACCCAUCACCAAGAGCAUCUCUGAUAAUGGCACUUGUGGAUUCAGAUCACCCAGCUCGUUCCUGCCAUCUUCAUCAUCAGCUCAGCCAAUGAGUCAUGACCGCAACAGCUGCCAAAGUGGCAGUAGUACACCAGAUAUAAAUAAGUGGAGUCCUCCAGACAAAAAAGUAGACACACGCAAAUACAGAGCCGAGCCCAGGAGUAUCUUUGACUAUGAGCCGGGGAAAUCAUCAAUUCUAGAUCACGAGAAAGCAAGGAGUAACCUAACCCCAGAUGAGCUAGAUUUAGAGAAUGAGCCCUGGUAUAAGUUCUUUGCAGAGCUGGAGUUUGAACGGCCGCCUCCUAAAAAACGACUAGAUUACAGCCCAGAUAGCGGCCUACAAAUUCAACAUGAGACGUCAUUUUACCAGCCAGCUGUAGACAGAAGCUUUGAUCGACCCUUAAGCUCUGCCAGUGACAACAGGACAAGACGGAAGUCAGAGCCCACAUCCACCCAGUCUCGACCUCAGAGCUCACUGAGCUCUAUUCAGAGCAUUGGUAGACCAGCUGAUUCCCUCUCUGCUUAUGUACCUGAGAGGCCCAGAACCAGUAGCACCCAGAGAAAGCCCUCCACACCCUCCACAGUGUCCUCCCCAGCCAGAUCAAAAGGUGGGGAUAAUGGCAUGAUGCACUCUGCACAUUUAAACGGUCAAAGUCCAAACCAUAAUACCUCUGUACCCUCAUAUAAAAACAACAAUCGAAACGAGGACGCAUUCAUCCAAAACACGGCCAUUUUUUCUGCCUCGGAGAAUCUAACAAAUGGUUGGCAAACAGAACAAGACACAGCGAUCACUCCUAAGUCCAAGUCUUUAAGCUGUGAUGAUCUCCUUUCUGAGAGCCAGGUUAAAAGCAUGGGAGAAUGGUUUGAGAACAAUGGCUCCCUGUUGCAAAAUGGAAAACAAAUACCUCACAAUGCCAGUCAGGCCUCAGAAGAAUCAAGAGAGCGCAGAAGACACCGCUCAGCUCAUGAUGCACCAGGUUUCCUCAAACUCUACAAGACAAUGCAUCACAUUAACCGUCAGGAGCUGACCAAUGCCGUGGUCUGCUCUGUCAAAGCCAGGAUACGGAAUUAUGAGAAUGAGCAGAUGAGGAAUCCUUGCUUGGAUGCUGAUGGAUCCAACAGCGUGAUACCCCAUGAUAUGGUGCACAACAGGAUCUCUCAAUUUGAGAGUUUGAUCCAGAAAUCCAAAUCAAUGCCAAACUUGGGAAGUGGGUGCCUGUCCAGGGGCCCAGGAACAAGGAUUAACAGCCCUAAUCACAGCUACACCAGUGAAUCUCUGCUAGACGAAGAACCAGCAGCGAGGAAUCUUCUAGAAGGCCCGCCACAAUACCCCAAGAUCAAUGUGGCAAUGCAUGUAGAAACAACGACUGACCACAUACAAUGUUCCUCCAAUGGUCAGCAGGACUUCUCUGACAGUGAACAUGAUGGUGUUGUAUCUGAUCUUAGUGACUUCAUACAAAUUGAGGACUCAUCCUUCUGCAGCGAGAGUGACUUUGACCACUGCUCACUUAACUCCUUUGACAACUUCUGUGAGUCUGGCCACCAUAAUUACCACAGGCAACUGGUAAGUUCCUGUAAAGGCAGUUGUCCUGCCUCCUACACCCGCUUCACCACCAUGAUAAAACACGAGAGAGCCAAGAAAAAACAAAGACAGACUCUGCAGAUGGUGGAGUCUGAGAAUGGCCUCAACAAACUAGCUUUCUUGGUCAGCCCAGUUCCUUUCCACAGGAACAAGAAGUCUUCUCUGAGGGACGGCCGUGUACCGAAAUCCAAGUGCUGCGUGUACAGAGCUCUGGACUCAGCUCUGAAGGACAUCUACGAGCACAUUUGUGCUGAGAAAUGCAGGGGUAGCCUGCCAGAAAACAGCAUCCUCCACAGACUCCUAACAGAACUUCUUCCUGAAAUUCCUGCUAGGAACUCUUCUCUUCAGGCUUUGGACCAGUCCAGAUCUGCACACAGCUUUAGCUUGUAUCACCCUGAGCCUGAUGGCAUGUGCAGCCAGGACUGUUACCAGCCGGAGUAUUCCAGUCUGCCCUGCAGUGCUUCCUGCAACCAUAGUGAAAGCGUCAACAACCUGAAAAUCCACGAAGCUCAUCAUUACUUUGAAGAUCCAGAAACCUCCAGAAGUUUUUCUUAUUCUGAUGUAGGCCGACAGACUCCACAAAGCAGGAGGACUACACCAGAAGUCAAAGAGAAACUGCCAGCCCGAGCAGUAUACGACUUCAAGGCCAUGACGGCAAAAGAGCUGCCGUUUAAAAAAGGGGAGAUUGUGUAUAUCACACGACAGGUAGAUAAUAACUGGUUUGAGGGAGAGCACCAUGGAGGAGUGGGUAUCUUCCCCAUCAAAUAUGUGGAGAAAAUUUCUCCCUCAGAAAGGCAGCAGCCAGUAAGGCCGCCUCCUCCAGCGCAGACUACAGAGAUUGGUGAAGCUGUGGCUCGCUACAACUUCAAUGCCGACACCAACGUGGAGCUUUCAUUAAGGAAGGGUGAACGUGUUAUACUGCUGCGCCAAGUUGACCAGAACUGGUAUGCGGGCAAGGUCCCAGGCACAAACAGACAAGGAAUCUUUCCAGUGGCCUAUGUGGACAUCAUUAAGAAACCCUCUUCUAAAACGUCUGGCCAGCCUCCAGGAGUCUCACAUAGUUACUCCAGUGACCGGGUUCAAAGCAGGCCAUCAUCAACAUGCCCCAUCACCUUCCCUUCAUCCACUUCUCAACAGAUCACUUCACCUUCCCGUGGCUCACAAAGAGCAGCUAAUCUUCAGACUAUAACUGGCGAAUGGCUUGCCCUCACGCUAGGCCUGUCUCCUUCAGGAACUCCAGCCCCUACACCUCCCCCAUUACCCUCCAGUUUUCAGUAUGACUUUGAAAGGCUGGACCUGCUACUGUCGCCCUCACCUGCGGCCUCACCUGCUGUACUGGGCCCCUCCCCUUCCCUCACACCCCGCACCCUUACCCCAGCACUUAAGGAUGGUCACUUUGUUCCCAUCAGCUCGCCAAAAUCAUACAUGUCACCUGAACCCAGUCCCUCACCUCUACCCUACCUGACAUCAGCUUCUUUCACACCCUCCCCCAUCUCCCCGACCUUUGACUGCAGCCCAAAGUGUAACAGUGUCAUAGAGGCCUAUAAACCUAUGAGCCAGCUGGAGAAAGAGCCUUCUUUCUCAGAAAUUAUGGACACGUUGGACUCGCUCAGAUCAUGCACCCCAAAUGAGCUGGUUGUGUAUGAGCCCCAUGAAAAACCUCUGUCUUCUAAGUUCAUUCUGUCCUCCAGAGAACCUGAGGAGGAUGUAUGUGAAGAACUUGUGUCCAUCAUCAAAGCCAGCCAGUCGAAGAGUCCACUUGUGAAAUCAGAGGGUUUUUAUAGACAUGACCUGACCGACCCAGAGGAGCUACCCAAACUGUACAUAGAGGAGGACCCAAGUGAAGCCACUGGGGCUUAUUCAGACUCUCUGUCAUCAAAUACUUUUACCCCAGUGUGCCCAGAACGUAGUGACAUGUCAGAAUCUGAGGGUGAAGCUACGCAGAUUCCCUUGUCCCCACUUUCAUCGAAGCCUCUGCGCUCCACGCCCCCAUCCUCACCCAAGUUCUUGCCCUCUUCCCCACGCUCCACCCCUCCACUCCCCAUGCUGUCUCACUCUCCUCCUCCAUCCUCAAAAAAUCCUCGUUCCCCCAAGGUCAAGCCUGUCUUAAGGCAUGAUGUUGUGGUUAUCGGUAAGCCCCCCCGUAGUCCUGUGAUGUCUAGGAGGUCCUGCGGAUCACCUGUUAAAGGGCAAAACUAUUCAUCAUCUCAUAGGUCUCAGAGAACAUAUACACAGGAUCAUCUGCAAGGUGGUGGUGAACCGUUUCAGGCUAUCUAUAACUACACACCGCGCAAUGAGGAUGAGCUGGAACUGAAAGAAGGAGACGUUGUAGACGUGAUGGAGAAAUGUGAUGAUGGGUGGUAUGUAGGAACGUCCAGACGGAGCAAGUUUUUUGGCACCUUUCCUGGAAACUAUGUAAAGCGAAUAUAAGCUGAGCUGCUCUCUUUUCGUUUUUAUACUUUUGCUGACCCUGAAGCCACAGAGAUGAGACAGUGGGCGUCACUAUCUGUCAAAUAAAACAGACUCUUCUAUGUGAAACCAUCAGCACAAUUUUGUGUGGGACAUGAAGACCAGCCUCGCUGGCGUUGAAGUGAAUUACUACACAGCGUUAGUUGAAGGACUUUGAUCUCUUAUUCUGAAGCAAUUCUGAAGGAUUUUAAAAAAUGGCUUCUUUAAUUGCCUAUAUUUUUUAACAUUGUUUUUCAUUAAAGAAUCUCUGCUUGCUUUUGAGUACAGCUGAUCCAUUUAAAGUGAAGAAUUAACUAAGUGCCCUAUUUAUCUUUUAUUUAUUGAAAGGCUUAUAUAUAUUUGCUUGUUUUUUUUGGGUACAUUGAAGUAGGAAUGUUCUGAUGCUUUGGGACAAGGACAUGCCACUGCUAACCAAGUUCUGCAUUCUGAUCUAAUCUAGAUCUAGAUUAAAUAUUGAAGUGUCAUGCUGAGUAGGAUGGUUUAAAACUAUUCCUAUUUGAAACAUGCACAUACCAAUAGCAUCUAAUUUGGAAUGAACAUCCUUGAUUUCCUAUGGUUCUACUUUUUUUGUCUGUCCAGACAUUCCUAUAAGUGAAGAAUAUUUAUUAUAUCUUGUGAUUCUUCUAAAUCAGAAAAGCUCAUUUUUUAUACAGUGCAAAAGUCCUUAAUAUGAAUUUUGUAGAAUGACUGUUGGAGGAAACAUUACUUGGUGUACUGUUAUAAAUUCAUAAUAGUGUAUACUGCCUAAUAUUAAUGUUAAAUGCCAUAUGAUACUGCACACUGUCAUUUCCUUAUAAAUAAUCAUUAAACUGCUUAUUUGUAAUCUGGUCCCAUAUAUAUUAGAAAUGUAAUUUGAGUGAACAGGUAGUUUAUAUCUGUUUUGUUUUACUGAAAUGUUAUUUAAUUUAACAAUGUAUUUUGCUUAUUUACACGUGUUUUGGGUUGAAUAAGCAUUGCCCACGUUCUUUAAUGAUCAUGUUUAUUUUUCUGUUGUUUAUUUUUUGGAAAAAUGGUUUGAAUUUAUUGUGGUCAAGUGUCAAAUAUUCUUUGGCAUAAUUUCAUCCAAAGGAACACACAGUUGAGGUUAAGAUUUUCUCGCAGGCCAGGAUUUGAUCUUAUAGUCUUACAUUAGUGACAGAUUAGUAGUUACAGACUGAUGCCACCCUGUAACACUUGGUACAAGGCAUCAGUACAUAAGUACACCCCAUAUCAGGUUAAUUUAAUUAAAAAAAACUAUAUUAUAAAACCUUAAUUUAAAAAUACAUGUCUGCUUAUGAUUAUUAUUUUAAUAGGUAUUGUUUUAAUUAUUGUUUAAAAUAAAUAUUGUUUUUAAAGGUUUAACUAGGUGGUUAAUAUAUAAAUAUAGUUUUAUAUAGCACUUACUUUCACUUAAGGCUUCAUCUGGUUGCUGCUUUCUUUGGUGUUGUAAAUAAUUCCAGAUAAAUGAAAUUUUACACAAUGUGCUGCUUUUCUUUCAGGUCCACAUCCCAAACCCCAUCACACUGGGUUGCCAGUUAUUAAUCUAGUUUGUGUCAACUUUAACACGAGUUCCCAUCACACGUCUGGUUUUAGUGCUUUGCAUAAUAAGUUAAACUACACUGAAGUUACAAUAAGUGUUACUAAGAUUUGCGACACUAGAAUGUUUCUCUUUUUUCAAAACUUUUCUGUACUGUUACAUGUUUUGGUUGAUUAGCUUUUUACCAAUAAUGCCAACCAAAAAGUCCCAUUUCUUCUAUCUAAUUUAUGAUCAACCUCAAUGCAUGAGCAGUAACCACUGCCAAUAAACUAUUAAGAUGAAGCUGGAAUGAAUCCAAGCAAUAGCCUGUCAUCAAGAACUUCAGCUAGCAGUAAACUACCGUGGUUUGUGGUUAGAGUACUGGUAUGAGAGCUGUGUAUAUUUGUUUAAACUAGACUUUUAGUCUUUCAUGUAUUAGUAGUAGGUCAGUAUUGGGAAAACUUGUGAUUAUAGAGCAAAAUGUACCAAAUAGCCUUUAUGCAAUUUAGUGUAUAUUGUAUAUAUUGACUAAAUCUGUCCAGACAAUGAGUUUGGGUUGUCUAGAACAGCUAAGUGUUUAUUUUAUAUGAUUUUAUCCUUUUUUCUAAUGCAGGUUAUCUUUUUACAUUGGCACAUACAGUACAUCACAUUGCCAUAAACAUGAAAGAAGAAAGUAACAAAUUAAACAAAUGUAAUUUAACUAGAUUAAAAGAAAUAGUGUAAAUUCUGUGUGUCUAUAGAAAAAAAGUUAUUUAAGGAAAACAGCUAUUUUCAUAGUAAAACACAAUGCCAGAGCUUUAUUUGAAAGGGUAUUAAGUAGCUAUUCGACUGUGUGAUUGUUUCUAAAAUGCAUUUUGUUUGCAUGGUAAAUAUGUAAUGAUUGGUUAUUUAUUAGCUGGUCUGGAAUCAGUGCUGUGAAUAGAACCUAGAACCAUUUUACAGUGUUGAGAUGUCAAAUACAUAAACUACAGGCCUACAUUCAUACUGAUAAAAAAAACUAUUUCAGUAAAUAAGUACAUAAUUUGACCGGGGGCAUCCAAAACCCUUUCCACAAGUCUGUCUAACUUUUUUUUACAAGCUUCUAUAGGUUCUAAUUAUUCUGCCAGUUGGACAUUAUCUUCUUAUUGAACAGAUCACGUUCCAUAGGAGCUCUAACAAUGAAAAAUCCCAUGACCGUGGGUAGUGCGUAUUAAAGGGAAGUCAGUAAGUAUAUUUUGUUGGUUUUUGGCAAAUUAACUUUAUAAAUUAUUAUAUGCCUCAUACAUAGGCCUGCAGUGUGUAUGUGGUGUUUUUCCUUUUGUGUACCAUAUACACAAGACUCCCACCAGAAAAUCUCUUAGGAAACUUAAACAUCAAAUGUUUAUUUUUGUAUUUCUUUUGAUCUUUUCUCUGUAAACAUAUACAUUUAAUAAAUAAAAGCUGAUAGAAUAUUUUA